GUUUGCAUGGGUGUUCUGUGGUUGUAUGGUGCAGAGGUAGCUUCGGUAAACACGUCUUUUGCGGUUGUGCCGCAAUGCUAGCAUUCUGCGGUUCUUUUGCGAGAAUAUUUUUUUUUUCUCACCAUGUGAACUGAAAGCAUAAAGGAAUGUGAAGCCACGCACGCUGCUCUGGGGUUAUCGGGUGUGCUGUGCAAUGAAACUUUCUUCAGAAAGACUCCGUGGGACAGCUUAAGGGCGAUGCCGACGUUAACGGCAGCGUGUACUAUGCUAAUAAGCAUCGCCGCAAACUGCGCAGCUCUCGGCACUUACGAAGCCAACUGCAGUACGCUCCUGAUGGGCCAGUACUUUUGUGCGGCACCCGAAAUCGACCCGGCCACGCAGCAGCCCAAGACUUGCGGCCCCGACAACCAAGCGCGCAUUAUGUGCACCGCGGCCGAUGGUAUAGUCUGCAAGAACGGCACCGGAACCGGCCGGGACACUUUCGAGAAGGCAAUUCCGUGCCGCUACACCAACGGUUACUCCUUCGAGACCGCACUAUUGCUUUCCGUAUUCCUCGGCAUGUUCGGCGUGGAUCGCUUUUACUUGGGCUACCCUGCUGUCGGCCUUGCCAAGUUCUGCACGCUCGGGUUCAUGUUCCUCGGCCAGCUGGUGGACAUUAUUCUCAUCUCGAUGCAGGUUGUUGGCCCCGCCGACGGUUCGCAUUAUGUGAUCAGUUACUUCGGCCCCUGCCUGCGAUUUCUGGGGAUCGACAAUGACACUUACGUUUUGCCACAAGACGAUUGGUGAUGUAGCGAUAACUCUCGUUCGCAGAUUGCAUGGCAAAGUGAAGGGCUAAUAUAUAGCUAUUUCCUUGAUCUGUGCUUUCAAAUAAACACCUUGAAUACAUCGGAUAACAAGUUCUUUA